GUUGCGAGGUUGCGAGUGUGAUGUGUACAAAGUUUCAGUGAAUUAUCAGAUAAUUCGUUUCAGUGACUUUUUUCUAAGGAUGUGUGUCCAGUUUUAAAGUCAAGUUAAAGCUUGUAUAUAAACUAAAUUAAGUCUACCUCUUCUGUUGUGUAGCACCAGCUGAUUACCAGCGCCAAAAGAAAGCGAAACCAGCAAAAUGUUUAAGCUGAUUACAUCACGAUCCACUCAGCAUACGUUUCGAAAAUUGCUUACCAAAACCCGUUUGGCAGAGGCUGCUGGUUAUAGCAAUAGCCGAAAUUUGGUUUCGUGCCAUCAGGCACGUGUGACCCAAGGCGUUUCUCGCUAUUUAUCUACUUCCCAGCCGAAACUGCAGGGCGAAGAGAUUGAAGUUACUUUUGUCCGCUCUAGUGGAGAGCGUAUCAAGGCGAAAGCAAAAGUUGGUGAUUCACUACUUGACGUAGUCGUCAAUAAUCAGCUGGAUUUUGACGGUUUCGGGGCGUGCGAAGGUACACUGACCUGUUCGACAUGUCAUCUGAUCUUAGCUAAGGCAGAUUACGAUGCCUUGCCAGACAAGCCAGGUGACGAAGAGCUCGACAUGCUGGAUCUGGCUUUCGAUCUGACCGACACUUCUCGCCUUGGCUGCCAAAUUGUGCUGACCAAGAGGAUGAAUGGUAUGGAAGUGCGCGUACCGGCAACCAUCAACGAUGCUAGAAGCUAACCUAGUCCGUAACUACGCGAUGUUUUUCCUGUUGCACAUAUCUUUAAAAGCAGCUAUUUUUUCUGCGUUAUCUUAUAAAGUUUAUAUAGUUCAUGUUCGGUUUGAGAAGAUACAAACAUGCCCAGUGUUGCGACGAUUCAGUUGAAAGGAGUGAUGUUACCUUUGUAAGUUUGUCAAAGAAUAAUUAUACAUACAGUAUGUCGUAAACCGAGAAUUCAAAAUGCUAUUUUCAAUAAUUCUUUAUAGGACAAAUGUUUUUAAAAUAUUAAACAGAAAGAAUAAUUUUAAACCUUUAUUUUUUGAUUUUU